AUGGCACUUCGUUCAAAAAGAAGUUCUUCCAAUGGAAGUGACGUUGCCGUAGAUAAAAAAAUGAAAAUGAAAAAAAUUAAGAAUCAAAAACAACAACAACAACAAGAUGAAGAACAACCAUCUUCACAACAACAACGUAAUAAUAGAACAAAUGAUAUCAUUUCAAAAUUGGUCAUCGAUAGCACAGUAACAUUGGAUACAUUGAAAUCACUCAGUACGGUUUUGAUGAACGAAUGCACCAGAAAGAUAUUUUACGAGUUCACCGAACGUGAAUUCUCGUCGAAUCAUGUCAGUUUCUUUUUCGAAGCUAGAACCUUCAGAGACACCUUUAUUGUGGCACAAUCCAAUAGCUCUACACCAGAGGCACAACAACAAUCGGAUCGCAUGGAAGUCGCUGAGGUGUCAUCGAGUCGUCGCCACUCCAGCCACGGAUCAAUAAACAACGACAGUCCAUCAUCGUCGUCGCCAUCGGACCAACAACUUCAGCUCCAACUGCCAAUGUCCGUGGAAGUCGCCGUCGCCACCACUCGCUCCGGAAGUGUCGCCGAGUCAUCGAUUUCCGAUGGCGCCAACAAAGUGUCCCGUGAAUCGAGCACUCUCGACCUCGAAGGAAUGACCGUCUCAAUGGCCGAACAAAAGAAUUUGGAGCAUGCAACCAAGUUGUUUGAAAACCUCCAAAAACACUGUACAGAAAGCCAUAACACCAACACCAUAUCAACUUCCACCUCAUCGGAUUCACUCCCAACGAGCCAAGCACCAUCACCAAAUUUAAGUUCAACCGAAUCAUCAUCCAACAAGAAACAAAAGUCAAAGAAAAGAAGAUCAUUCUCUUGUUUCUCUUAA